GUAUAAUAUUAUUAUUUAGGUAGGUACCUACUGAGUACUUGGUAGUAGUACUGACUAUUGACUAUAUCUACUAUAUAUUAAAUUGUGUUCUCGAUCGUCGUGCUGAGUGCUCCUUGCGCCUGUCGCUUUCAUAGACAAGGAUACUACAUUAUUGUCCCAAGUAUUAAAUAUAGGUGGUGUUCCUUAAUCUGGAAUGCGUUCUAUUAGUUGAAUAAAAUAUAUACUCGUUGGACAUUAUACAGCGAGAUGAGUAAUAACAAGGACAACAAGACGUUUGAGAAACUAAAACAGUUUUUCCGCCUUAACAAAGGCGCUCCAUCAUCUCUUGGUGAGUGUGUGACUAUUUUAAUAUGUUUAUUCUAUACAUCUGACAUUUGUUUUUUCUAUUAUGUUGUUAUGAUGUACUUAAAUAUUUUUAUAGGAGCUCUGCGCGUCAAGGAGGACUAUACACUGACUGAAGAACAAGGGCAAAAAAUAUCUCCAGAGGCAUCAAUACCCAAUAGGAUUAAAGCUAUUAAAGAACUAGCUGAAGUAGCACGCAAUCAUCGUCUUGAAGAGGUAUGUUAUGAAUUUUUGAAAUUAUUUGUAGAUAUACCUAUUAUUAAUAUACAUUUUAUUGUGGAUCUAAGGUGAAUGAAGGUGUACGUAUAUCAUAACUAUUCAUUUAAAAUUCUAAAUUUGUAUUAUUCAUAUUAUAUGCCAGUAUAAUAUAGUGUUAUAUUAUACUAUUAAUUCAAAUUUAAAAUGUUAACAUGUUUUAUAUGUGUAAUAUAUAUUUGCUGUACAACUUCCAUUAUAAUGCUAUCACAGUAGGUGACUUUAAAUUUCUAGGUUUUUUUUAAACCUUUUGUUAAACUUCCUAGGAGUUAAUAUAAGAAUAUCAAGGAACAACAAAAUAAUACCUGUUUUAAAAUACUAACAUAUUCUAAAUUGUGUUAUGUAAAAAUAUAUGUUUUAAAUAUUUCAUUGAAAAAAUAUUAUUUGAUAUAUUUUAAUUUAUAAGAUAUACUUUGUAGAAUGCUGUUGCUAGUUUAUGGAUCGAAAUACAUGACUUAUUCAACAAAAAUGUUCCUAAAGAACACCGCCAUUUGGUGUUUGCAUUUGUUAAAUCCAUUAUUCAAGGCCAAUUUGGAAAUCUUGGAAUGUUAAGACAACAUUUUUUCAAUUUUAUUAAAAAUCAUAAUAAUGCUGAAGAUAUAUCAUACAGGUUAAAAAUAGUUGUUCUAAUUUGUAUGUAAGAAUUAUUUAUAUUAAACAGUUUUUAAUAUUCUGUAUUUAAUAAAAUUAAACAAUUAAAUUUACAUUAAAUUUUAUUUUCAGACUAGAGUUAAUUGAAUGUCUUACUGACCAUGGCCGUGAUAUUGUUUAUUUAGAAGAGGAAAUAGGUCCAUGGUUAAUAAAUUGGGGAGCUUCAGAAUUAGCCCCUGCUGGAUUCACAUUAGAAUGGCUGGAAAUGUCUGUAAAUAUCAUAAAAUUUAAUGCUACAUAUCUAGAUGAUGACGUUAUCAAUACUGUAGUUCAGUACGUAGUAUAUGUCAAAAUAUAACUUUAAAACUAUUAGUUUGUAAUUGAUUAAUGUAACUUUUUAAUGUUUUGAAAUAGGUGUUCAUUUUAUGUAUGCUGUUAUAGUGAAGAAGAAAAAGUAGUUCUAGUAUGUUUACAACUUUUGGAUACAAUUAUUUGUUAUAAUCAUUUGCCUCCCCAAUCUUUACCAAUAUUUAUUGCCACAUUAUGCCAUACAGCAAAUAACAAAAAUUACUGUGAACCUUGCUGGAAAGUAAAUAAUGAAUACUUUUAUUUUUGAUACACUUUAUUUACAUAUAAUAAUAUACAGUAGUUUAUUAUUACAUUUUAUUUAUGAUUUUUAUUAUGUUAGACGAUGCGGAAUCUUUUAGGAACACAUAUGGGAUAUUCAGCAAUAUAUUUAAUUUGUAACUUGCUUCAAAAAGAUGUUUCUCAAAACAAUGUUGGUCUCGUACGAGGUGGAUUAUUUUAUAUCAACAUGGCUUUAUGGAGUAACAAUCGAAUUACAUCAUUUAAAAUUUCUCUCCUUUCAGUUUUGCCUUCAAUUUAUAAUGUACAAUUAAUAUAAUUGUUAAAAUAUAAGUUUGUUUAUGAUAUAAAUUAUUAUUUAUUUAUAGGCAUUAUCGUGUAAUCAUCCAAUUGUUGUAUUAGAAGUUGUAUUGGGUAUGGAGUCAUUGGUCAAAAAAUUUGGAGCCACUUUACAGAGUACAAUUUGGGAAAAAGUUUUGAAAAUAUUAAAAAGUACUACGGAGUUUGUGAGUAAGUAUUUAAACAAUUUUAAAUGUACAUAAUAUAUUAAAUAAAUAUUUAUAUCAUUAUUUAAUAUCAUUUUAUUAGAUACAAAUGGUGCCAAUUCAAUGGUAACAAUUAAGGACCACCUUAAUGAAACCCUAACAAAAAUUGAGUCACUUAUAGACACAAAUGCUUAUAGUGGUAGUCUAGAUGAAAUUUAUGAUAUUAUUGAAUUAUUUUCCCUUUAUAGACAUGUAAGUUAAUAUAUUAACUUUUUAAAAAUAAAGAUAACUACUAACUUAAGAGAAUGCUAAACUUAUUAAAUUUGUACACAGGAGACUUCAGUUUUUAACCUAAUGGCCUACAGAAAAGAAUUUAUUGUUCCAACUCAAUAUCAAUGGAUUGAACUUUUAAAAAUGUUCUUAAACCAUUUUUAUAACAAAGAAACUAGAACUUCUAUUAGAAUAGAUGCUGUGACUCGAACAAUGAAAGAAGUAUAUCAACAUAAUGGGUUAGUGUUUCAUUUAUUUAUAAUUACAAUAUUUAUAUAUUACUACACAUUUAAAUAAAUAACACCUGAUCUUAUUUAUCUAAUUAAAAACACUUAUAUUGAUAUAACUCCAUGUAAGAAAUAAAAGUUAUGUUAAAUAAAAAACUAUUACAAUUAUAAUGGCUAUUAUUUAAUUAUAGUUUUUAGUUUAGAAUUAAUAAUUCUAUAGCUUUUUAAUAUAUUAAUUAAGAAUAAAACUUACCAUUAUUAAAAUACCAUUGUUAGCAGAAUAAAAUGUUGAGUGAAGUUCAAUUAUACAUAUUUUGGAGGGUCUUAAUUUUAAUGAUCACUAAGUAAUACUUACAAUGAACCUCAUGUUUAAUUUUAAAGCAUUUCUGUUUGGUAAAACAAUUUUAUCCUUUUAGGUAGACCAAAUAAAAACUAAAAAAAACUUGUCCAUUUUUCUUUUGCGUUUUUUUAUUAUGAAAACAGCAUCAAAAAUAAAAAAUUACUUCUCCAAUGUAACAACUAGAUCCGAAAUGCAACAAAAAAGUUCCUCAUCAUUUUUUGAUCAGGAGCAGUAAUUUAAAAAUUAUAUAUUAACGAAAGCUUUAAAAAGUUUAUGUACAUGACAAUUUUAAUAAAGAUUGUGCUAUGGUCAUACAAAUAAUGAUUUAUGUUUGAACACCGCUUUUAUUUUCACUUCAAUUAAAUUGAAAUGCUUAACAAUUGUAUAAAGAUUCAUAAAUUAUCCCAAACCUUUCUUAAUUUAUCUCUGUAGAAUUGAUUAUUUAAAUUGUGAAGGUUUUAAAAACUAAUUUUUAUUUUACAAUUUGUUUAGUGUAUUGUAUGAAUAUGAACUGGUAUCAAUAAUUCUGGAAUAUUUUGGUGAAAUUGCUGAAGACAGUGAUCCUUCUGUUCGACAAGCAGUUUGUCAGUUCAUUAUUAAUGUUUGUAAUGAUUGUGAUAGUAGGCAUCACGAGAAACUAUUACAAAUACUAGAAAAAGUAUGUUUAUUGUAUAAUUUAUAACUAUUAUUUCUAUGUAUUAAUUUAAUUAUAUUAUAAUUUGGUAUAGACUAGUAUUUCUCAACAUUUUUCUGCCGCGACUCUUAAAUGUAUAAUUUAUAUUUUUGCUACCCUAAAUAAUUGGUGAUUCCAAUAGGGUCGCGAGUCUUAGGUUGAGAAAUACUGGUAUUGACUAUUAUGUACCUAUAUAUAAUAGUGACUCUUGAAGUUCACAUAAAAUUAUGUACAAUUAAUUGUAUAAGAUUUAUGAAAACUGGUAAAACAAAUAAUUUUAUUAUAGAUGUAUGUACUCAAAAUAAUGUAUCUGCUUUUAAUUUUUCAAGCUCUUUAUUAUGAUAAACUUAUUGUCACAUGGGCAUGAUUAACAUUAAGUCUGGUGCACUUAUUAAAUAUGUUCUAAAAAAAAAAUAUAGUCAAUAUUUGUGGGGUUUUCUGGAGUACUCUAAAUUUGUGCUCCGUGAGUUAUCUAAUUUUUUUUAGGGAUAUCUUUGUCAUAAACAUUGUUGCAAAAAAUUUUCUUUUCAAAAAAACAAUUUUUAUAUUCCAUAGACUUUGUGAAUAACAACUAAUUAUAAUUUAUUGUAGAAAUCUAAUAAUUUUUUAUUCCAAAUUUUUUAGGUAGUUCCCAUGCACGAUAGUAUGAGCUAUAAUUAUAGCUUAAUUAUAUAUAUAUAUAUAUAUAAUUAAUAUAAAUAUAUAUAUAUAUGUAAAAACAAUCAUCAGAUUUAUUUUCUAAAUAAGUUUUAAUUACCUAAGUAUCUAACUUCUACAGUAUUAAAUCCUAAAUUAUUUCUUGAUUUUGUCCAACAAUUAAUGUUUAUUAAUUAAAAUAUUCUUUCUAUUGCAACAUUGAAACUAUAGAAUGCAAAUUCCACCAUUCUGGAUAUUAUAAAAUAAUUUGUUUUUCCUAUUUUAGAUUUCCAAUGUUAUAAAUGGAGAUUUUGAUAGUUUUCAGUUGGCUUUAAGUCACAAUGUACAAGUUUAAUUUUUUAAAUGUUAGGACAACAAUUUUAAGAUAAAAUGUGUGCUUUGAGUGCAUUUAACAUUGCUAUUGUACUAUCAAUUACUAAAGUUUCUAGUUUUUUAGUGUGAUAGUAUUUCAAAAACUAUAUAAUAUAUAUUGGGUUUUUUUUUUUUUUUUUUGAAUACAAUUUUUCAAAAACUGAGACUUAUUUUAUGAAACUAGUAUUAUUUUUCAUCCUGAUCAGGACUUGUUGAUGAAUAAUGUAACAGUAACAUUCCAGUUUAAUCAGGACUAAUGGCAUCCUUAUUAAACUUCAGUAUUCAGGUUUUUUUUGUUUUAUUAAUAUUAAUCACUAAUUCAUUUUAAGUUAUCUAUUUUGUACGUAUGACUUAUUUCUAUAAAAUUAAUGCAUAUUUAUGUUCUAAUUUCUAAUCUAUUAUAAUUUUUCUAUUUGUAACUAAUAUAAUUAAUGACGAUAAAUAAUAAAAUUUGGUUAAAAAGGUAGUUUAAAGAUAAAUUAUAUUAGUUAUAGAUAUAAUUUUGUAAUGAAUAAGUAACCUAGUAGGUUAUCAUAUUUUCAAAAGAAAAUUUUUUUUUUAAAAUUUUAGGUUUUAUUGCGACCUUUUACAUCUAAUUCAACAACUCCUUUACAAGAACGAAAUGGAGUUGAUUUACAAAUAACUGUUGAAGGUCUUUCAAAAUUGUUCAUUAAAUUUUUGUAUGAAUGUCCAAAUAAUUCUGCAGAUAUGAUUCUCACUAUGCUUAUUACUCACUUAAAAAAUCAUUAUCAAAAGAAAGUGUGUUUGGAACACUUACAUUUAAUUCGACUUAAGGUAUGAUUUAAUAUGUGUUAUGUACAAUGUUUUAUAUUACAAGUUUAAUAUCUAACUGGAUAUUUAUAUAUUUUAAAAGUUAUGUUAUUAAUAUAUAUUUUAUAGAUUUUUGAACUAUUAGUCAAACUCCGAGCAGAUUCUAGGUACAGGUUGGGAGUACAAGGAUCAAAUGAAUAUUCACCAUAUAUGUAUGUGGAUCACAAUGGUUUUGGAGUACCAUCUAGUCCAAAUUCAUCCACAGAUGAAAUAAAACUGAAUGAUGAUUCUUUGGUGCAGUUAAAAUACAUAUCUCUCGCUGCUGCCUGCAAAGCAGUUAUUACGGCGUUGAAAGAAGAGCUCGGUAAAGCAUGAAAAAAAUUUGGAAUGGAGUUAGGAAUCUAAUGGCGUUUGGUGUGAAGCAAUUUAAUUAUAGAUAAUUUGCAUCAUGUGUUUUUAGGACGUGAGUAUGUGUGUGCGAGUAUGUUGGUAUGUGUUGACUGACCAAAUGUAUGGUGUAAAUUGUAAAAAUGUGUUCAUGUGUGAAGCUUAAGAAAAAAAAUUCUAACUCCCAUUGAGCAAAUAAAAAAAAAAAAACAUGUUUUAAUAUUUAUUAUUUUUAUUAGACUGGAGAGUGUUUUCUUACAUACUGAAAGAAGUACCACAAAUUUUAAAGAACAAGGCAUUGGUGUUAUCAGGAAAUUGGGAAUAUGGUCCAGCGUAUGAAUUGGCUUUAACCAUGUGUUCAUUGGUAUAUUUAUGUUCACAAUAAAAAAAAAUGUCGCAAAUUAUGGGAACAUUAUAUAUUCAGUAAUACCAUUUUUUUGAUGUUAGGUGAAUGAUAAAACUGUAUCAAGCACUUGGAAAAAUACUCCUUCAAAAUCAUUAGUUGAAUUUCAAAUAGUGAUUUAUCCAGCAUUAGCAGCUUUUGUUUCAUAUCACAACUGUUUAGACCCAUCUCUUCAACUAAAACUUGUAAAAUGCCUACAAUCAGGUAUAAUUAUCCAUGAAUUGAUAUAAUACAUAAUAAUAUUAAAUACAAUUUGAAAUUUGAAAAAAAAUUAUUGACUAAAGUAUCUAUUUUAGUUAAUAAUUUGAUACAGUAACUUUUCUUCUUCCAGUUAUCUCAUUGCUGGCCCCGUAACAGUUUUGUAUAUUUUCUUUUUUAUUAUUUUUUAUUCAUGAAGUACAUUGUGUAUAUAACUGUACUAUUUCAUAUCAAAUUAAUUCAUUUUUGUAAUGAUUACAUAAUAUAAAAUAAAAUAUUCACUUAAAAAAAUGCACCCCCUACUAUUUCUGUUGAUUCAAUAGGUAAUAUAGCAAAAUAUCAAUCACGUGAAAUAUAAAUUGUGUUUAAAUUAAAUUAAAGUUUAAAAAGAAGAAUAUUUCAAGGUGAAUAGUUGUUUUAUAAAAUAUUAAUAACUACCAAGUUAUUGUGUCUUAAUUAGUUUUUUUAUUCAAGAACUGUAAUUAUUAUGUUCCAGAAAUGUUCUUUUUAAAUUUAGUGAAUUUAGUUUCAGUGUCAAUGACAUUUUGCAGUAUUACCUACUGGAUAAAUUGUGUAUUUCUACAUGUAUAAGAUGUAUAAUAUAUGUUAAUACAAUUGUAUGGAAUAAAAAUUAAACUAAGAGUAAAAUAAGUGAAAUUCUAAAACUCAAAUUUCUUAAUUGAUCUAAUUUAAUUAUUUUUUAAAAUAAUGAUGUAUAUACUUACACUAUAUAUUUUUUUAACAUCUUUCAAUUAUAUAUUUUUUAGGCUUAGUUAAUCGAUGUAUAAUACGUCCUGUGGUAAUGGCAUUGACUACUUGUAUUUUAGAGAUGAGAGAUAUUAUGGUUAAAUUAUUACCUGAAGUUUUGUUGAAUAUGUCAAAACUUUCAGCUACCAUACAAAUUGCAGUACCAGUUUUAGAAUUUCUUUCUAGUGAGUAAUAAAAUAAAGUACAAAGCCAAGCAUGGUUAUGAAUGAUAACUGUUUUGAAUACUUCUAGUGCUAAGUCGUCUUCCAAAAGUAUUCUCUAACUUUGUAGCAGAUCAGUAUAUGGCUGUUUUUGCGAUUGCUUUGCCAUAUACUAGUCCAUUUAAAUAUAAUCAUUAUACUGUAUCAUUGGCACAUCGGGUGAUUGCUAUUUGGUUCUUGAAAUGUCGAACAUCAUUCCGAAGGAAUUUUGUUGAUUUCAUUAAAAAAGUAAAACUAAUUUUAUUUAAUUAAAUCAAUUAUGUAUGCCAUUUUAAUUUCUAUGCUUGUCAUAUUAGGGAUUAAAUACAAAUGUAUUGGGACCAUUUGAAGGACGCGCUAUGACUAGAAAUGACAUCCAUAAUGAAGAUUCGUCUAGUCGAAAACGAAGUUCUAGUUUAACAGAACAAGUAAUACUAAUUAAUGAGCUAAUUAAUUUACAGGUGUCUAUUCGACAAUUUAAAUAAAUCUUAAUUAGUAAGUGAUCUAAAUAUUUAUCAAAUAGUUUGCCUAAUUCUUCCUUAAUGUCUUAAUUUUGUUGAAGCCCUUCUUAUCAUAGCUCCAUAACCAUUACUUUAUUUGUUUUUUUUUUCAACCGGUAUUAGGUUGGUUUACAGUAGUAUUUAAAUUCAUUCUCCAAUUUGCACUAUCCUCAGCUACUCUUUUUAAUCCAAUGUAAGUAUUUAUCCUUGUAUCUUUUUUCAGUUGACAUAUUUAUGGGUUCCUUGGUCUUCCUGGUAGUUUACAUCCUUCAAUUACAUCUUCUGUUAUAGUGUGGUGCAAUUUUUCAUCAUGGCAUAAGAUGUGUUUUAUUAUAUCCCCAUCAUUGUUUUAUUACAUUUAUUAUGGAUCUUAUUUCUCUGACUAGAAUAUUUCCUCAUUCUUGACAAUCUUUCCAGCUAAUUUUUCUAAUCUCCUCUAACACCACAUUUGAAAACUUCAAGGUAACUUUUUUCCACUUCAAUUCUUUGUUUAAUUUCCAACAUACUUUUUCUGCCUAUGUUAAUAUUGGACACAAAUUCAUAUACUUUUGUAAAUAAAAUUAUAUUUUUAAUUUGUAUAGGGAAGUAGAGCACGUGACCGUACAAUAAUGGGUGUUGGUCGUAGUACCAUGAAUGACUUGAAACCACCAAUAGAUAAUCUACUUUUAACAUUUCACAAAGAAUUAACAGAAACUUGUAUGGACUUAUUAGCCAGAUAUGCUUUUGCUACUUGUUCGGCUUUACCAAAAAGGUAAGUUAAAAAAAAUGUAUUUUUCUUGAUAAAAAAAAUUUGUCAAUAUUUUUAGACACCCCACUGCAGAUUUUAUACUGGAAGGUGGUCAGUCUGCUACUUGGUUGUUAGGCACUAAACUUAUAACCAUUACAACAAGUGGAUGUACUCAAAAACCAGUUCGUCAUGGAUUAUGUGGAAAAUGUUAUCAAUCUUGUCGGCAGAAUAAUGACCAAGCCAUAAUUUCUCCUAAACCAGAUGAGAAGUUAAAACUUUCAGUAUCACGUAGUCAGAGCAGCGAAGCCAGUGACCAGCUUGAUGGGAAUACAUCUGCCAAAGGAGUCGCAUCACCAUCAUGCUUGUCAACAGCAACUAAUUCCCCAGGUGAUGAAACAAAAAAAUUUCCACAUAUAGAACCAAAUGAACCAUUUGAUAUGCCACGAAAAGAUAGUUUUUCAAACGCAGAUAGAAUCGAUAAAAAACAGAGUUGUUCUUGUUGGUGUCAAUCGUGGGCUGAAAUAUGUGUUCGAUGUCCUACAGGUAAAUUUAUAGCACAAGAUUAUGAACUGUAAUUGCUCACCACAAGGUUCUCUAUUUUAGGAGUAAUGUCUUGGAUGAUAAGAGUGCAAAACGAUAGAAAUUUUCAGGAUUUAAAUUCUGAUUCAUCUAUGUUUGAUGUCUCUACAUUAUUUCAUCCUUCUCUUGGUUUAAAAGUCUCAAAUGGAGAAAUAGAUAGGAUACGCCAAUACCUUGAAGAUGAAGUAAACUUUUUAUAAAAGGUAUUUUUGAAAUGAUUUGUGAAUACAUAUUUAACAUAUUUUGUAGAAACUUAUUUUGGAAAAAUACAUUGCUACUGAUGAAGCAAUAAAAAUUGAAGCGAAUGAUAAGUUAUCAAGCAGAGUACCAUCUGAACCAGUUUGUAUUCCUGGUUCUCCUUCAAAACUUGCUCCUUCACGACAGAAUUCUCAGGAGAGUUGUGAUGUGGAAGAUGAAUAUUAUGAUGGUAAUAAUGAACAUAUUUUAUUUGGGUAUCAAUAUACUUAUCAGAUCAUUUAAGUAUUGCCCAAUGGUGUACCAAAUUUUUUCAUUUGCUAUUUGUACUUUUACCUCUGGGGUUUGAGGCUUAAAGAAACAUUUAAACAAUUGUAACUAUUGAAAUAUUAUUAGUUUAAAAAUAUGUUUAAUAUUAAAUUCUAUAGUUAACUUCUUCUUUUCUUUUUAUUCUUUUCACUUUUAUCUCGCUUGUCUCAGGGACUUCAUAGACUAAAAAUUGAAUUUGGAUUUUAGAAUAUAGAAUUAAACUAUUUUAAGUGAUUUGUUAAUACAGAAUUUAAAUUCUGAGCAGAGCCACAAUGAUGUUCAUUAUUAUUAUUAUUAUUAUUUUUGUGAGAAAUUUCACUCUUAUUUUCAAGUAUAGCAUUUGUUCUGAAAGGAAAUCUAACAAAGUUUUCAUAAUAAAUGGGAAAAAUGUAGGAAUAAUAGAUAAAUCUACUAAAUAAAUUAUUUUAAAAUUGUAAAUAUUAUGGAUUUUCAAAAAAUAUAUAACCAAACUCUUUUCAGAAUAGUUUUUCAUUAACAAUGAUUGAUUGUUAUAUACAAAUAUACAUUCAAUUUUUCCUCAACCUUCUCAACUUCUCAUCUACAAGAGUGGCUAAUUCAUGGUGCAAAGUAUGCCCCGUUUGUUUUUUUUCAUUCAAAAAUGAAAAACCUUUUAUCUGGAAUCCUGAAACAUAAUUAAAUUACAUAUUUUUGCAAAAUUUGUUAUUUUUUUUAAUGUUAUGUAUAGUUGAAGACUUUGAAAAUGGAGAAAAUCGCUUAAGAAAUCCAGUUCGUAGAUCAAAUUCUAGUCCUGAAAUGAGUUCUGGGUGGAAAAAUCCAUUCAUGAAAGAAAUGACAUUUGAUAGUGAUGGUAUUGAUACAGAUAUGGAGGAUGUUAGUAAACACUUAGAAUUAUUUAGCACUCCCAUUGAUAGUAAAAAGAUGAAACAGAAUUACACAAAAGAUUUACGCUAUAGUUCUAAGUAAGUGUUAAUCUUAAAGUUAUUAUUUUUUUUAACAUUAUUUAUUUGUAGAGCAAAUUGUGAAGCGAUUCCUGAAGAAAUUUGUGGUACUGGGUCAACUCCACCAUCAAAUACAUGUCCACCAAAACCCUUAACACUCAAUUUGAACAUAGAUUCAACAGAAAUAAAGUCCGAUGUGUUAAUUCAUGGAAAGAAAGUUACUAAAGAAAGACCAACAUUAAUAUUAAAAAGUACUAAAUUAAAUUCAUUUAAUGAAAGUGACUCUUCUACAAAGUCUUCAGCUGAGAGUGUUGAUAUUAAAUUAAAUUCAGAAUUUCCAUUAGUUGGUAAUUAUCAAGAUGAAAAAAGUAGAUCUUUAACGUCAACACCAUCUUACCUUACUAAAAAGCCACCUCUAUCGCCACCAAUUAAUUAUGCUUCUCAGUUAUUGGAAAAAAAUGUGAGUUCUAUCAAUACCUCUUUCAUUGGUUAAUUUUAAUGUCUAUAUGGUAUUUUAUAUUCAAAUUAGGAAAAUGAUGCUGAUCCACCAUUCCGUGGCCGUGUACACACAUUGGCUGUAAUGAAUGCUAUUAAAAAACCUGGAUUAUCUGCUAGUCCCAGUAAAUUUUUAAUAAACAGCAGAGGGAAUCAAUUAAAAGAGCCAGUUAGAUCUGGAAUUAAUCCAAGGUAAUUACUAAUUAUUUAAAACGAUUUAUCUUAUUUUAUUAACAUACAUAAUAUACUAUACUUUGAUUUAUACUAAAUAAAUUUGUAAAUGUUUUAGUUUCGUUUUCCUUCAACUGUAUCAUUCUACUCACUUUAGUAGUGUUGAUAAUGAUGCAAAACCAAUUUUAUUGCCUCAAACUCAGACUGCAAUUCAAAAAGCUAUACAGUGUUUGGAUUGGAUUCCUCCAUAUGAGUUGCAUAAGGUUUGAUUUUAUUAGUAUAAUAAUAAAAAUUCUAAUUAGAUUUUUUGUUAUUUAUUUUCUUUGUCAAAUAUUUGGUGUUUAGAUUGGAGUUAUUUACGUUGGGUUGGGACAAGCCAACUCUGAAGUAGAUAUACUUCGAAAUCAGCACGGAUCUCUGAGAUACACAGAAUUUCUCAAGGGUUUGGGCACACUAAUUAAAUUAUCUGAUACAGAUUCAUCCAGCGUAUUUUUAGGCGGAUUGGAACGUGGUGGCAAUGAUGGAAAAUUUACUUAUGUAUGGCAAGAUGACAUUAUGCAAGUAAAUAUACCUUUAUUUACUUUGAAAUAUUGAUUAUUUUUACUAUUUUUUUAAAAACUGUUUAGGUUAGGUUAGGUUAUUUUUUAUUAUCUAUAAUUAAUAAUAAUAAAAUAAAAUUUUACUUAGUAAAUAAUAAAAACUAAGUUUAUUAAUUUUUAUUUUUUCUUGAUAGGUAAUAUUUCAUAUUGCUACUUUAAUGCCGACCACUGAUUCUGAAGCCCAAUGCAAUAAUAAAAAAAAAAAUAUUGGAAAUGAUUUUGUUACAAUUGUUUAUAAUGAAAGUGGUCAAGAGUAUGACAUCCAUACUGUUAAAGUAAAAGCACAUUUUGUUCUAAUUAAUUUCACUUAUGUGUAAUAUUAUUAUGUUUCUAGGGUCAGUUUAGUUAUGGCUGUGUAAUAGUGGAACCUUUAGAACAUGGUGUCAAUCAGAUUACUGUGAAAGUAAGGGAAGAGCUACGUGAUCAUGUUGGUCAUCAAGAACCAAAAAUUGUUUCUGAUCAAAAUGCAGCAAUGUUAGCUAGGCAGUUAGCUAUACACACUGAUGUACGUAUUAAUAUUAUCAAUUUGUAUGUAAUAAAAAUUUCAUAUGACCUUAUAAAUUUUUCGAGUUCUUUAACUUGAAUUUAUAUAUAGAGAUUUCCAAGGAAUAAAAAAAAUUUUGAGUUUUCAAGAUUCUACUGUAUUUUAUCAUCAUAAUAUUUAAUAUUUUAAAUUAUGGGUGGUACUAAAGACAUUUUUGUGCUUAAAGUCUAAUAUUUCAAACUAGUUGGAACUAUAUUAUUUGAUAGGUAUGUGUAUUACUGAUAGGCUGUUUUCUAAGUAAUUAAGACGAAAAUAAAUUAUUGUAAAAAGAAUAAUUAUAAUAGUGGUCCAGUUUUGGUAUUUUAAUAAUCAUUUUGAUUUUGUGCAGUUGGCAUCACAAAUAUUGAGCAGCUUGACUAAGGAUAACUAUAGAUUACCCUAUGCCAGUAACUGGCUGGAGCGUCUUAGACAAAUCAAGAGGUUGCACGACAAGGUGAAAAAUUUGGAUAACGGCGUCCAGUUUUCUGGUGGAGAACCCAUGACAUCUAUGCGUGGCCAAACUUCUCUGACAUCAGUCGGGGCCACAAAUCCAGGCAGUCGUUCCAAAAUGCAAAUGUCUGAUUUCACUGAAUAUACAUAAUAUAAAUAGAUAAAAAGAUAUUUACAGCAUGAACAUGAGGCCAUCAUUAGUGAUCUCAUUUUGGACUGUGUUAAAACAAAGAAAAAUAAAAAAUUGCAAGAGCAAAUUUAUUGAUUGUACGAUAUUACCUAUAUUGUGGAAAACAAAUAUUAUGUACAUUGUGAAUUCAUGUCUUGUGAAUUUUUUGCCCUUUUUCAAUGUUAAUACAUAACAUUAUUGUAAAAUUAUACAUGUUUUUUGUAUACAUUUAUAUUUCUCUGAUUGUCCUUAUAUUUUUUGCGCAAUACUGUAAAACGCACAUGAGUUUGUAGACAGUGUACUGAGUAUAUAAGUUAAAGAAAAUAGUUUAUUGUAUUUUUUAUUUUUAAUAAUACUAUUUUUGGUUGUACUAUAUACGGUUGAAAGAACUUGAAAAUGUUGGUUUUCUACUUAAUUAUAUAUUAUGCAUAUGUAUAUAUAUUUGUGUUAUGGGCCUGGUGGCUGUUAAAUUACCAAUAUGCUUAGGCAUUUCAAAGAGUGCUUAACUCCUUGGGUCAAAUUCCAAAUAAAUAAAUAAACAAAUAAAUAUACUAUUUCUUUGUUAUAGCCAG